AUGGCCAUCCAUCCAUUCCAUUACCGCAUAGACUUCAACUCGGCUAUCUUCAGACACCUAGUAUUAAUAUUCGUUGGUGUUGCUUUUGAUGCUCGUAUUAGUGUUACAAACAUCACCAUAUUGUCCGGGUUGGUAGACCAGAAGUGUGAGAUCUUCAAACAGAUUUGGAUGGUUUGGGAUGAUAAGACUGGCCUCGGGAAGGCAAGCUGCAAGGGUAAUAUUGGUGGUGGUAUCACUUUGAGUGAUGCUAUUUACAUAGUACUAUUAUGGGGUUUAGAUGGAUAUCCACUAAAACAACAACACUUGUUAUUUCUCAAUGCCUCUGAAAAGAUGAAACAGAAGAUCUUGGAUAUCACCCAUCAUGGCCGGGGUGAGAUCACCUCUUCUGCAUUAGUGGCAUCUACUUCAAUCGUACUAAGAGAAUGUGAUGAAAACGAAACAGAAAGGUCCAAACUCGGUACUCAAAGCCGUGAAUGUGUGGAUCAAGCUUGGAUCGCAUUGGCCUCAUGGCUCAUCAUCCAUCCCUCUGUAGUUCAUCAUCCAUCUUUCAUCGUCUGUAGUCCAUGGUCCAUCAUUCGAGGGUGCCUUGGAGAUUCUGGAUUUGCAACAGUGGCUACCUAUCUCAUAUACCACAAGAAUUCGACAAAAAAUUCUGAUCCUAUCAAAAUGAGCCGUGUGAGAUGUGGAGUUAACAGAGAAAUCAAUCUUCACAGAGUCCUGGUAUAG